AUGACCUAUAAAACUGUAGCUAUCUAUAGAGAUAAUGAAGGAAAGCGAAUUGACGAGGAAAUAUGGCUGAAUGAGCGUAUUAAAAAAAAGAAGCAGAAGUUAAAGGAAAGUAAGGUAACUAUUCAAAAAGAUUUGCCAUGGUCUACCGGAAUUAUUCAACAAAAAAGGCUAGAGAAAGUAUUGAAUAGCAAAGAAGUUCCUCACGAACAAUUUAUAAGAUUUGAUGGUAAUAAAUCAAUUGACGAGGAACUUCGCAAUAAAGUUUAUUGGGAUGAUCCUUUAUUCUUAAUUAAUAGCAAAUUAGUGAAUUUAAAUUCGGAUAAGAAGAUGAUUUCACCAAAUAAUGCAAUAAAAAGGUUGAAAUGUAGAUUUCUAUCUCCACAGAAUAGGUUUGGAAUAGAGGCUGGAUAUAGAUGGGAUGGUGUGAUUAGAGGAAAUGGUUAUGAGGAAAAAUUACUACUUAGAUUAAAUAAUAAGGAGGAUAGAUUUAGUGUACUUGGUGACUUUGAGUGA